AUGGGGGAUAAUUUACCUCCACGGGAGGCCACGGUUAAUAUUGCCGAUGAUCAAAAUAGAGGCAUACGGGACUACGCAACUCCCGAAUUCGAAUGGUCAAAUCCUCGUGUUGUUGUUUCUAAAUCUGCUUCAGGCAUCCAUGAAAUUGAUAUCAUUUCUGCUUUAAAUGCUCAAUUUGUAGCUUUAACUAAUUUGGUUAAAAACAAUUUACGUUUGAAUGGAAAGAAUAAUCAAGUUCAAUCCAUAAUGUCAAACCCACCUAUGACUGAAUCUUGUGUCUUUUGCGGUGACGGCCAUUCUUAUGAAUAUUGCCUCGAAAAUCCCGUCUCGGUAAAUUAUGUUGGGGGUCAUGCUAGAAAUUGCCCAUUUUCUCCCACAUAUAAUUCAAAUUGGAGGAAUGACCCCAAUUUUUCUUGGACCGGAAAUCCUGGGCUUCAACCCCCCGGGGUUACUCAAGUCCAAAAUCGGCAACAAAAUCCCCUGGGAUAUGGGCAAGGUGUUUCGCACAACUAUCAAAAUGGACAAUCCUCACACUUACACAUGCCUAGGCAAAAUGCAUCGGAUGGUAAUGGUUCACUCAAAUCAUUACUUAAAGGUUUUAUAAACCAAACCAAUGCAACGUUAAGGAGUUUCAAAACCCAACUCGGCCAAUUUGCCGCCGAUCUCAAGGGUAGACCUUUAGAAACUUUUCCUAGUGACAUGAAAACCCCGAAGGGUAAAGAACAUAUCAAAGCUGUGACUGUGUUGAGUGAGGAGAGUUCAAAAGUCAAUGAUGACACAAGUGAAACCGUCGAAAAACCGACACAUCAAAACGAGGUUUCACAUUCUUUUGAUAUGUCAAAUGUUCCAAUUUUGAAUCCUUCCAAGGAAGAAACUCAAAAAUUUAUUUCUAUCCAGAAAACAUUCCCUACUUCAACUUCCAGUAAUGUGCAGCUCUCUGCUGAAAAUUCCGACAGUGGGAAGAUUAUGCCCACUGUCCAACCAAACAGAUUCGUUCAACCAGCUCCAGAUUUGCAGAACUUACCUUUUCCAGAAAGAAUGAAAAGCAAAAAUGUGGAUGAGCAGUUUAAGAAGUUUUUGGAUAUCUUUAAACAACUCCACAUUAACAUACCGUUAGUAGAAGCUCUCGAGCAAAUGCCAAGCUAUGUCAAAUUUUUUAAAGACAUUUUGCAUAAAAAGAGAAGGUUAAAUGAAUUUAAAACGGUUGCUUUGACCAAAGAAUGUAGUGCACUCCUUACUUGUAAAAUUCCUCCCAAGUUAAAAGACCUAGGAAGUUUUACCAUCUCAUGUUCUAUAGGAGGAAAAGAAGUAGGCCAUGCCCUAUGUGAUUUGGGGGCAAGCAUUAAUCUUAUGUCAUUGUCAGUUUUUAACAAGCUAGGAAUAGGAGAAGUGGAGAAAAUGAAGGAAAUUGCAAAGCAAAAGGCUAAAGAGGAGCAAAGGAGAUUAGAAUCGAAGCUUGAGCUAGUGUUGAUUGUGGAGAAGUUGCAAGAAUUACGCUCCAUCAGGAUCCAGAAAUUAACAAAACAAGAUUGUAAGAAAUCUUUUGAAACCAUUAAAAAAGCUCUUGUCUCGUCACCUAUUGUCAUUGCCCCAGAUUGGACCAUGCCUUUUGAGGUUAUGUGUGACGCAAGUGACUGGGCCGUAUGUGCCGUUUUGGGACAAAAGUGA